ACCGUCUUUACGAGUUGCAGUUGCAUCCUCAUGAUAAAAAGAAUGGUGGUGUUAAAUGAUUUGUUGACGUCUAUAUACGACGGUGAUAAUUUUAAGACAGACUCAGUUAUGUAAUAUUAAGUAAUAAUAAUCUUUGUGGUUUUAAAGAUUAAUUUGUUUCUUAGUUUUCUAUAAAUUCGCGAUCAGUUUUCCGAUCGACUUGAAACUUUGUACAGCCGUUGCUGGCACUUAAAGGAAUGUUAUUGUCAAAACAUCAUUAGCGUAAGAGACUGUUAAUUGUGAGCGAGGAAACGUAGCUGAAGCAGCUCUUUAAUAAGAACCUUAAGAACUUGGUUACAUCGCAAUCUGGCAACUUAAUAAGUCAUAAAGAAUUGAGAUUACAAAUAUUUUUCGGUAAAAGCGGGUUUCGGAGUUAACCGCAACAGUUCCGGUUUCACAUCGCAAUAAGUUUAACAUCUAGUUACUGUCGAGAACUUAAUAAGCGAAGUGCGUGCCAAUACACUCAGCGGAUUAACAUUUGAGUGUUUCAACGGAUUGUGUUUUGUGUGACUUCAAAACAAAUUUAAUAUACCUCCGGUAUACACCGGAGGCGGGAGGAAGUCAUCAAAAUAGCCAAAGUGUCUCCUAUAAAGUUGUCAGCGAUGGACAGCAACUCGGUGUCGCCGAUGCCGGAGCUGGCGCCCAUAGCGGAGUUCGACAAGUCGCCUCCUUCGCCUCCCAACGAGGAGGUGCCCAUGGACGACUUGCCACCCCCACCCGCCACUAUCUCGCAGGCCGAAGGCAAGAAGAUCAAAGUCCAACGCAGUCGGUCCUAUGACUCGGACGACCACGAGCGAGGUGCCUGCGAGUGGUGCGAGUAUGCCCUCGUGAUCACUUUGGCGACGGUGCUGCUCAUUGGCGUCUCCGCUCUGACCAUCUUCUGGGUGUUCUAUUACCGCGGGGGCUAUGCCUGGGCCGACGACACCCCGGACAAGCAGUUCAACUUGCACCCGACUCUUAUGGUGGCCGGUUUCGUUACAUUCUGCGGUUUCUCCGUGCUCUUGUACCGCAUCUGUCGAUGCUUCCGGCGCAUCUAUGUCAAACUGCUGCACGCCAUCUUCCACGCGUUAGCGUUCCCGUGCAUCGUUAUCGGCUUCCUGGCUGUCCUCGACUACCACAACAAGAAGGGCAUCAACAACUUCUAUUCGCUCCACAGCUGGAUUGGCUUCGUCGCCAUGGGACUGUUUGGAUUACAGUACGCAGUCGGCUUCUUCAGCUUCCUCCUACUGUUGAUUUGCAAUAAAGGCACCGCUGGAUUCCGCGCUUCCUUGGUACCGAUCCACGCCGCCUUUGGAAUCCUGACCUUCGUACUCGGUGUCGCUGCUUGUCUCACCGGACUCACUGAAAAGGCAAUCUUUGCCCUCGGUGCGGACCGAUACAGCGGCUUGGUCGACGAGGGAAUAAUAAUAAACGCGAUCGGGGUCUCUAUGGUUGCGAUACUCGGCGUCGUCAUGUACAUCUUGUCGAGGGAAAAGUUCCGACCCGCAGAGGCACGGGAACGACUCACCAGGACCUCUGUGGACUUGUAGAAUGGACCUAAUAAGUAAUUACGUUAUAUGUAAAUUGCAGAGGAUGUUUGAUAAAAACAAAAAAAAAACUUCAAUGAUUUUGGUUUUGGAUAGAAAAAAAAAACAAAACUAGAUUUGUGUCAAUUUAAUUUGAAAAAACGAAUAGAGUUAAAAUCGUUUAGUUUAGCAUAUACUAUAGUGCUGUAAAAUUUUGUUAUUUUUAACGAAUCUAUAGCUUUAGCUUAUUAUAGCAGGUUAGAGAUUAAUAUAAAAUCUACGUUAUUUUUUAAGUAGUGUUAUUUUGAUAGCAUUUAAGUACGCAUGUCAGAGGCUCACUUUGUUACAUCUUGAGAUUUAGAUGAGGUUAUUAUUAUACCUAAAUAAAGCUAUUUACUAGUUAUAGAUUUAAACUUAACGGAGAAACAAACGUUUUAUGAACUGAACCGAAAGAUAUAACUUUAAUCAGGUAGGUAAAUUUAUUUGCAUCUAAUUUUUUAUGUAUUUAAUUUGCGAGGCAUGUUAGAACACUAAGGACCAAUGAAACGAGGAUUUGUGCCGUUUUUUUUAUUGUUGUUGUUGAAAUGUUUCGGUCUGUAUCAGACCAAAUAUUUUUUAAGUGGCAUUGUGUUUUAUUGCAUCAAAAAUAAAUCGAUGUUUGAUGAUUAGCGCUGUUCAUUAUUUCAAUUUCUGCAUAAUUCGUUAUGUAAUACAUAAGACAUCGCUUGGUUGUAUGUGCUGCUUCUGUUUGUUGCAUUAUCUUUGUAUGUUAAGUCCUUAAUUGUGGGUGUUUUUAAUAAAAUCAUCAAUUUCAAUUUGGAUGUCAUUGAACAUUCUAAUUGAAAGUCAAAAUAAAACUCUACAACAGGAAAACAGUUAAUUUCGUAUGUCACUCAAUUUCGAGUUAUAAAAAAACUUUAAAAAUUAUAUAAAAAAAAGUUUUGAUAUAAUCAUAUUCCGUAUAUAAAUGUAGAUAAAUUUUAAAUUUCUCUUUGUAUAUCUACUAUUUGUAUGCCUAAAUCUAAAAGUAUUAAAUUAGAUUAAACUUCACAAGUACUAUACGAUUUUUAAUUAACUAAUUUCUAAAUUUAAAUUCACUAUUAAUACAUAUGAUUAUGCAUUAUUUAAAGGCUUCUUUAAAACCUACUAAUUAUACCACUAUAUAGCAGUUUCUUGUCGAGAUAUAAAUCGAUCAGUAAAAUAUAUACAAUACUGGUGGUAGGACCUUUUGUGAGUCCGCGCGGGUAGGUACCACCACCCUGCCUAUUUCUGCCGUGAAGCAGGUAUACGUUUCGGCUUGAAGGGUGAGGCAGUCGUUGUAACUAUACUGAGACCUUAGAACUUAUAUAUCUCAAGGUGGGUGGCGCAUUUACGUCGUAAAUGUCUAGGGGCUCCAGCCACCACUUAACACCAGGUGGGCUGUGAGCUCGUCCACCCACUUAAGCAAUAAAAAAAAAAAUUAGUAUGGAAUUAGAUUUACUCGACAAGAAGCUGUGUAUUGGCGAUUAUUUCUAACAAUUAUCCGUGUAAUCGGACACGCAGGAGCGAGCAGUACCCGCUUUUGGAACCUGAAGCGAUCGUUAUCAACGCUAUCGGAAUGACUGUGGUUGCUGUUGCCAUCGUUGUGCUUUACACUGUACGCGGCACUGGCGGCUACAGGCUCCGCAAGGUCGCCCAGCACCCGAGUUAAACAACCAACGACAGUGUACAUACACUUGGAGACAAAUUAAUGAUGUACUGCUUUUAUCAUAUCGACGCUUGAAAGGCAAACGUGACGAAGCGACAAUACGUGCACUUUACAGUAGACUAGUUUAAAGUUGAAAUACCUGAAAAAAAUUCUAGCUCUAGCUGUAGGAUUGAAAUUAUUUUAAUAGACCUAGAAAUAUAUAUUUUUUUGCGCAUCGAAUAUGGUUAUUUUUAUGUAUAAAGCAGUUAUUGUCCCUUAGUCACGUUAGCCUUUCAAGCUUCGAUAUAUUUUAACGUGCCGACUUUACACUACCUACGCGAAAACUCGAAAAAAUUAAAACGACAUUAUAUUAAAUUUCAAAUCAAUUAUGAAGAGAUUGUACUAAACGUACAUAAAUCGCUCUAAUCCUUUGCCCUAAAACUUCACAAUGAUCAAGAAUUUGUCUCCGAGCAUAUUUCGUUUAAAAAAAAAUAUAUCGAUAAAGUUAUGCUUGACGUUCUCAACACUAACGUCGACCGAACUAAAGAAACACAGAUACGACGAAAUAUUAUUUACGUUUCCGUAUUCAAUGAAAGACGUCUAGUUUUAUAUUAUUACAAUCGUUGACUUGUUUCAAUUAUUAUAACAAACAAAACAUGAUUGUAUGUAUCGUUUAGCUCAAAUUUGUUGAUUAGGUGAAUAUUUUAUUGGGAACUUGACAUUAUCAUUAAUAGGGUUGUGCAUUGUUUCAUUUUAAAAUGUUUGAAAUUCGAAAUUGUGAGCUGAUUCCGUCUUGAGUCGUAAUCGAUUUAUUACUUGGAUAACUAGGGUUGAUAAUCAAGAAUUGAAAUGAGUAAUAAGCUUAAUAAAAAUCCACAACUCAUGUAUUAACAUGUUUGACAACAAUAUAAACAUUUGGAAUUUUAAAUACAUAUUUACAUACAUACAAAUAUAAUGAACCGAAAAAUUAAAUUAUAAAUAAUAACCAAUCAGUAAAAAAUAAGUAUUUCCGUGUCGUAGAUGGAAAAGGAAAUAUAUUAUCACAAAAGAGAAUUAGUCUUUCACAUUGGACCUUGGAAUUUUUGAGAUUCAUAUUCGACUCUGUACUCACAUUACCGUGGUGAAAAAAGUUACGAUAAUAAUAAAUUGUAUGCUACUGUGUUAGCUAAAGUUAUUGAUGUCAUAGUUAUUCUUACAACAGUUUUCACCUUUAAUAUAUUCUCAGUAUUUCGGCACUGUGAGCCUUGAUUCCCGGGUAGACUACACGAAAUAAUAACGUUUAUAAUGUAGACAGCCCAAGGGCGGAUCCAGCUUUGGCGCCAGGAGGGGGUCACAUAGUCGUGGGCAAGUUAAGAACUUAUAAUUUAAUUUUGAUAACAAUAGAUAAUAAAUAAAUCAUGAUGUUCUUCAAUUAGUCCAAGUUAGUUCAAGUCCUGGAACUAGCUCAGGGGGGGUCAUGACCCCCAUGACCCUCCCUGGAUCCGCCGUUGAGACAGCCUGUAAAGUUUAAAAUAAAACAAAUUUUAUGUAUCGAUUCAGAAUUACAAAUACUAAUCAAAAUACAGCAACUCGCAAAGUGAAAAUCAAGAGGCCAUAAAAAUAACAAGACGAUUAUUUCAUCAAGUCUAAUAUAGGUUUUUAAGUACCUAUGUAUUUAGAUGUAACUUGUAUAUAAUUUUUAACUAAUUUAAUGUAACGUGCGAGUGUUUGAUAGUUGUAGUGCGUGGUGAAGUCGUAGUUUUAAUCUUUAAAUACAUAUUUAAUCAGUAUGAACACCGGUAUAUUAUAACAUGUUAAGAAAAUAUGUGAAUGAAAAAUAUCUGAACCUAAGAGAAACCCUAAAACAAAAUAAAUUUCAAAAAAGGUUUACAAACAUUUUAUUCAACGUAAAAGUAAUAAAUUACUAAUGACAGUAAACUUAAGAGUGAAGUGUUCGUCGCAGUUGCCAAAUUCUGUGUGUGAUGUCAUCAUUGUCGUCAUCAAUUUUAAGUAAUAUAUUAUUAUUAUGAAUAAUCUAAAUAAACACAAGUAGCAUGUUUACUAUAAGUAGGAUAAUGCUCAAGGUGUUUCGUUUUGUACACGGGGUACCUUCGCAUUCUUUCUUAAUAAUAAGUAAAUGUUAUAUUUAAUUAAUAAAUAUACAAUACUGUAGCGUAAUCUUGUAUGCGUAUUUAACGCCGAAUUGCAUUCCAAGAAAAACACCAUUUAAUGACGACUUUUUGAUUAUUUUUGAGGGUGGGUACAUUGCGAUCAGUACUAAGACUGCAAUUUGUAAGUGAGUCUUUAUUUGAAUCGCGAAUUUUAUAAUUUACAUGUAAAGCAUUUUAAGAAUUUACAAUAAAAUCCAGUUUUUGUGGAUCCCUUUUGAACAGCGGGGCCAAGUUUUUUAUUAUUAUACACAAGAAACAGUUGCUGGUAGCGUUGUUUGAGUUUUCUUGGAACUAUCCAAAUAUUCAUUUAAAAUUUAUACCACACGACAGAGAUUUAACAUGGUACCUGCUUAUUAAAUGUUACAAUAAAAUACUAUUUAUUUGUGUAAUGUUGUUUCUAGUUACGCUAAUAAGUUGCAGUGACGUUUGUCAUACGGUUUCAAAUUUUAUUAGUUCAGAGUGUUUGAAAUUUAAUUUCCUAAGUUGUGUUUAAGCAGUUGAAAUAUGAAUUUUAUCACUGUUUACAUUUUUAAAUAUUUAUACGGCAUUCAUAAUGAUACAUUAAUAUACUUGUAUUAAAAUAA